CCUCCUUUCUUCAUUCACCGACUUCUUGGCUCUCUCACAGUCACUGCUUCUUCUCCCUGACUAGUUUGAUUCUAAUGCCUUAAAACCUAAACCUGACCCCAAAGCUUCGAUCUUUACCCAUAUCAUCGUCCUCCGGAUCCAGGCGCAAGAUGGGUCAUUCUUGUUUAGUUGUAUAAGUAUUUUGCAGUUCUCAACGCUGUCUAUUUCUCUGUUCUCAUUUCUCAAUUCUCAACGCCUCCUUUGCAGCAAGGAUCCGAGUGUUUGUACAUUGCACUCUCUUUAAAGGUCACUAUGAGUCCAAGGAUUAAAGCUUCCUCCAAGGUGAGUAAGAAAAAUACCAUUGCGCGUACAGUUUGUCGGCGAUCACCUUCUGUCACCAAACGUGUUCGUAACCAAAAAGUUAAGUUGUGCUAUGAAACCAGCACUUUGAAACGUAACAUCAUCAGUGAGCGUCCUUUUGAACUAGAGGAUGUUGGUGAAGAUUUCACUAAUAUUAUUAACAAACGUCAGUGGAAUUCCCUGAUAGAUUAUAAUGAUCCACCAAAUGCCACUCUGGUCAAAGAAUUCUAUGCUCGUCUUGCUGAGGAUACUGGUACCGAUCAGGAUAAAGUUUAUGUCAGGAAAAAGUUGGUACCUUUUAACCCUGAGGUUAUUCGAUGUACUCUCAAUCUUCCUCCUUGUAGUUUACCCGACAGCUAUGCCACUUUCAAGAAAAUGAUUGACAGAAAGAAGCAGCACUUGCCUUCUGACCUUCGUGAUUCUGGGACCGGUCAUGGUGAAAUGCCAUCAUCAAACUAUGGAUGUCUGACAGAUCUCCAUAGGACCCUUGCUCAGCUCAGUAGAUCAUCUAUUUGGCCUUCUAGUCAAGUAUCAUGGCUUUCAAAUCGUUUGACCUGUUUAAUUUGGCUCAUCACUCAAGACGCAGUUGAAAUCCCCUUACAUGAAAUCAUUUAUGAUUGGAUCUGUAAAGCAGCCAAGAGCAAGAAGUCAUGUUUGGGCUUUCCUUGUCUUAUCACCAAAAUUGGUCAUGAUGCAGGAGUUUCUUUCCGAGUGCACGAUAAGUUUAUGAAGCUUCCGGAGCCUGUUGACAGUGUCAAUAAGGUCAAGAGUGAUGCUCAUAUAAAAUUUUCCAACUCAAAUCGUUCUUCAAGUAGUGCCCCUGUUGCCUCUUCUGGUCUGCAUGAUGAUGCUUCUUUAACUUCGAAUCCAAUGUUGUGCGACUUGCAGAGUUCAAUUAUCGCUGUGGAAAAGGGGAUAGCUUGCCUUAAGAAUGCUGUCUCUCAUGUUACUCAAGAUACCAUAGGUGACAAUAUUACUGGUUUGACUACCCGCAUGUCUGCUUUGAAAGCUGAGUUAAUUUCCAUUACUAACGCUUUCGCUCAUGGUUCUUGAGAUGUUGUUGAUGAUCAUAUGUAUUACCAAUAUUACUGUUUUGAAAGGGCUUGAAAGAAGUUUCCGUAAGACAGGGCUCGAGCUUUUGAAGUUUCCUCGUAAAAUGUCCAAGCAUUCCAACACAGAUGUUGCUACAGGUGGUUGUGGUUAUUUGGGCCGGAGCGAGAAAAGCUUAAAUUUUUUGGGGGCUCUUUUGGACACUUAAACGUUACUUUCUUUUGCAACGGGUGUACUUCGAAUUUGUGCCUUUUCUUAUAAUUGAUAUUCGAAUUUGAGACUUUUCUUAAA